AUGGCCGCACCAAAGUUGAACUUCUUCGAGAAGAUUGCCAACCUCAGCGGUGUUUUGUACCGUUACCACGCCGCUCACUUCCCACGCAGAUGGGAUAUUGUAAAGAAGGUGGCUGAAAGAGAAUUGGCUCCACCAACGAUGAAGGAUCUUCCAGCCAUCAAGAAGGACUUCAAUGCUUUGUUGAAGGCCAUUGAAGCUAAACAAUACAAGAACUUGACUGUCAGAGUGAGUUUAAUAUUUGAUUGUUUGUUUUUAGGUUUAGCAGCGAUUUAUUAUAAUCAUGGUAUAGCUAAGUAAUCUUUUUUUAUUGCCAUAAGUUUAUUUGAAAUGUGUGGUUUGAUGUAUCGUAUAACUUCAUAGUUUUGGUAUAAGAUAAUCUUAUGCUUUCUACGUUAAAAUAGGUGUAUACUACUGCUCUAAUUAUUUGUGAUUAAUUUGCUUUAUCUACAGGAAUUCUUGGUGUACGCUGCCGUCGGUGUUGAAGUUAUUUGCUGGUUCUUUGUCGGUGAAAUGAUUGGUCGUCGCAACACCACCGGUUACCUCGUUCCCGGCUCGUAUGUCUCGAAGGAAACACGAAAGGCCGCCGCCAACCAGGUUGUUGAAGAUAAGCACAACUUCUAG